AAAAAAAAUGAGUUUUUGUAAUGAACUGAUAUAUGUUAUUUAUGUGAAAAUAAUCUUAUUUGAAUAGCAAAACACGUCAUCAAUACACCUGAAAGACUUGUUGAGGAGAGCCUUGAAGGAUUAUGUUAUGCUUAUCCACAUCUACGUCUUUUAAAAAAGGAAAAGGGUAAAGAAAAAAAAAUAAAAAAACCAUCUUUACAUUCAACCAUGCAAUAUUAGUGGUCUAUUACGCCAGUGUGGACAAGAUGGCGUCUAAGCAAGUGACUUUGGUCUCAGGGGGAGGAUCAGGCCAUGAACCAGGUUACGCUGGGAUGGUGGGUGAAGGAGGACUUGCGGCUAACGUCAGUGGCCACGUCUUUGCAUCCCCAUCAGCAAGUCAAGUGAUGGCAGCGAUCGAGCGGGUCCAGUCGCCUCAUGGGACAUUAGUCAUCGUCAUGAACUACACAGGCGACUGCCUUAAUUUUGGACUCGCAGUUGAGCGAGCCAAAGCACGCGGUAUCAAAGUCGACCUGAUUUCUGUAGGCGAUGAUGUGGCAGUAGGAAGGAUAAAGGGCGGAAAGGUAGGCCGUCGUGGUAUGGCUGCAACGGCCUUGGCCAUCAAGUUGGCAGGUGCCUUGGCUGCGAGAGGUGCGCCUUUGGAUCAAGUGCGUCACAUGGUAGAAUAUGCAGUCAAGCACAGUGCUACGAUUGGUGUUGCCUUUGAUCAUUGCCAUGUCCCAGGCUCUAUCUCAUGGUCGCAGCUGGGUCCUGAUGAGCUCGAAUUGGGCAUGGGCAUCCACAACGAGACAGGAUAUCUCAAGACGAAGAUGAUGCCUGCAAGAGAUAUGGUCGCCCAGAUGAUGACCAUGCUCACAGACGAGAAUGAUUCUGAUCGAUCGUACCUGACUUUACCAAAGGGUGCCUCAGUCGUGAUUUUAGUCAACAAUUUAGGCGGCAUCCCACUUAUUGAACUCAAUUUGGCAGCCAAAGAAGCUGUGAAUUUCGCCCUGGCGCAUGGCCUCAAGAUCGAGCGUGUCUAUGUAGGCGCUUUUGUGACAAGCUUAAAUAUGCCAGGGUUUUCAAUUUCUUUAAUGACUGUGCAUGAUGAGAUUCUUAACCUUUUGGAUCAACAAGUCGGGUUCAGUGGGUGGCCACAGGCUACUGCGCAGACAUUCAUAGCAAGGAUCGAAGAAAAAAUAGAAGCAGAGAGAAAUGAUUCGUUGAUUUCCGAAUGUGGUCAAUUGAUCGAGCCCAAGAUUCUAGAAACCGCCAUUCGCGGCGCUGCCGAAGCUGUGAUCAAAGCAGAACCUGAAAUCACUCGAUAUGACACUGCGCUUGGUGACGGUGACUGCGGACAGACUCUGAAAACGGCAGGAUUAGCCAUCUUGGAUAGACUCUCAUCCUUUCCUCUUCAUUCCACAGCGGAUACAAUAUUUGCUAUAGCUGAUACGAUUGAAGCAUCGGUGGGUGGUACGUCAUCUGCGAUCUAUUGUAUCUUUUUAAAUGCUUUGGCCAGUGGACUUGUAAAGUAUUCAGCGUCUGCAUUUCCAUUAAUACCAGCAUCUCAAUAUGCACUCAACACACUCAUGACUUACACAAAGGCACGUGUUGGUGACCGUACACUGAUGGACACACUUUGUCCGUUUAUAGAUGUAUUAAAUGACCGCAGCCUGGUUGAGGCUGUGAAAUUGGCACAGCAGGGAGCUGAGAGUACGCGGCAUAUGGCAGCUCGUCUAGGUCGUUCUUCUUACUUGUCUAAUGAGCAAGUACUUGGUUCAAAUGUUCCAGAUGCAGGUGCUUAUGGUUUAGCUGAACUAUUACGUGGCAUGACAGAGGCACUAAUAAAUAAAUAA